AUGGCGUCCACAACUCCUCAGUCAUCUACUUCUAGGAGGUCAAAGGAGUCCGAGCGGAUAGGCAGUUUCCAGCGACAUGAAGAGAUUGGUCGAGGCAGCUUCGCAACGGUCUACAAGGCCAUCCAUACGCAAACAAAUUCGGGGAUCCAAAGCAUCGUGGCGAUCAAAUCUGUCAAUAUGUCCAAGUUGAACAAGAAGUUGAAGGACAACCUGACGUCGGAGAUCUCCAUCCUCAAAGGCCUCCAUCAUCCCCAUAUCGUAGCCCUCAUCGACUGCAAGGAAUCGAGUGCUCACAUCCAUUUGGUCAUGGAAUACGUUGCUCUGGGUGACCUUUCCCACUUUAUCAAGAGACGAAAUGAGAUCAAGGACAGUGACUUGGUAGGAAACAUGAUGGUCAAAUAUCCCAACCCUCGAUAUGGUGGUCUUCACGAGGUGGUGGUCCGGCACUUCCUGAAACAACUCGCCAGUGCUUUGCAGUUCUUGCGAGCCAGAAACCUCAUUCAUCGAGAUGUCAAACCCCAGAAUCUGUUGCUGAACCCGUCCCCCGACUACUUUGAGAAACACAAGCCGCACCCUAUGCCUUAUAAAGUCGGCGAUGACUCACUGAACCCAGUCACUGGCAUCAGGUCGUUGCCUAUGCUGAAGAUUGCAGAUUUUGGGUUUGCUCGAUCUUUGCCCUCGACUGCCCUCGCCGAGACACUGUGUGGUUCGCCGCUCUACAUGGCUCCAGAGAUCUUACGAUACGAGAAAUACGGGGCAAAGGCCGAUCUUUGGUCUGUGGGAACCGUGCUUUUCGAGAUGAUGACGGCCCGACCUCCUUUCCGGGCCUCCAAUCAUGUCGAAUUGCUCCGAAAGAUCGAAAAGAGCGAGGACAAGAUCAAGUUUGGGGAGGAAUAUAUAAUCACUGAGGAGAUGAAGAAGCUCAUACGGUUACUCCUUAAGAGAGACCCCGAAGAGAGACUUUCAUUUCCCGAUUUUUUCAGCAACGAGGUCGUGGCAGGUCCCAUUCCUGGAUUACAUCCAGAGGAUAUGCCCCAAGAACCCGUCGAUCCCCAAACAGACCGUCGACGCAAUAGUCGAACGGAUCCUGAAGGGCUGGUCCGUCCAAGCUCUCGAAAAGAACCGGAAAGCCCUUACAUCGAUUCUUCAAAGACCGCAUCGGACGAAAAUAUACCACGGCGAUACAGUCGGCGGUUAUCAGGCACAAAGGAUCAAAUUAUUACGCAAAGAAUCACAAACGAAGAGCUCCAAGCUACUUUGGCGUCCCCCACCAGCCCACCCGAUUGCCGUCCUGCCCUUCAUCCUCACGCCACCGCGCCGGCAAGGCAAGAGCUGGUACUGCGUCCUUCAUCGGCUCCCAUGACCCGUCAGACAAGCACAGGCUCGCAUAAAUUACCGCCUUCGUCAUUGCGUGGCCAAGUCUACGAUGAAGACCAGGAAGCCACCCUGCGCAAGGAACAGGAGGAAAAGGAGCGGGAGCGGGUUGCGCAGGAUAUCGCUUUCGAGCGAGACUACGUACUGGUGGAGAAGAAGGCAGUGGAGGUCAACGCAUUGGCUGAUGAGCUCGAAGCCAAUCCACGACUGAACAGAAAUUCUCUCCAGACUGCCAUGUCCCCCAAAUCAGGUGCCAUGGUCCGCCGAGCCACGACGCAGGGCGCACCUGGCUCGGCAACCGGCGCUCAGACGAGUGCUUCUCGAGCUGUCCAGAUUGCCUCUGGACGCCGACCUGAGUCGCUUCACCAACGACAGAACUCCUACGAACGACGGUAUGGCCCCAGCCCCAGCUCGGCAACUUCGGCGAUAUCAAAGGCCCUCAACAUGGCAAGCGGCAGACUAUUUGGAGUUGGAUUUUCUCCUCCGGUCAACCUGAUCCGUGGCGGCAAAUCUCCUCCAAUUACCUACAGCCCGUUUCCUACCUAUCCUGGAGCACAGAGCAGCUUGGUCAUGAUCGGUGAUUCUAAGGGAACACCAGCCGCCGACGAAGACACGAAAUUCGUCCAGAAUGUGGAGGAAAUUGCCACCAGGAGCGACGUCGUGUAUGGAUUCGCAGAAGUCAAGUAUAAGCAAUUGAUUCCUGCCGGCCCAUCGCACCCCGGGCUCGGUUUGCGCAAUGCGUCUGGCGAUAAUGUUACCGGCGGUCCAUUUGGGGCCUCCAACGAAGACCUCACUAUCGAAGCAGUCGUGGUCGUGGCGGAGGAGGCUUUGGUGCUCUACGUCAAAGCGCUGGCUCUGCUCGCCAAAGGCAUGGACAUUGCGGCACGUUGGUGGGCGCGCAAGAAUCGGGCUGAGGCUACUGGCGAUAAUACCAAUUAUCGGUCCAGCGCGAACUCGGCUGCCACAGGGCAAAGGAUGAACAACGUCGUGCAAUGGAUUCGGAAUCGCUUCAACGAAGUUCUCGAAAAGGCAGAUCUGGUCCGACUGAAACUCAUCGACAGCCAGCGACGUCUGCCUGAAGAUCAUCCCAGUCAUCCAAACAAUUAUUCGUCCACAACUGCGUCGAGCGCCGGCUUAGGGACCUCUGCAGACCAAGUGGUUGUAAGCUCUGGUAUUACCGCUGAGAAGCUCAUGUAUGACCGAGCCUUGGAAAUGAGUCGAGCGGCCGCCAUCAAUGAAUUGACCAAUGAAGACUUGGCUGGAUGCGAGAUCUCGUAUGUGACAGCAAUCCGGAUGUUGGAAGCUGUCCUGGAGAACGAUGAGGACGGCUUAUCCAAGAACGGCAGUGGCACUAGCGAUCAAGAUGAGAAAGAGGAUCUGGCUCCGAUCAAUGGAUUGGAGGCUGAAGACAGAAGGACUGUGAAGAACUUGGUGGCCAGCAUUCGUCAACGGCUGACCGUCAUACGGAGAAAGCUUCAAGUCAUUCAGAAGCGUGCAUCGGCACCAGCCAUCGCAUCUCCAACCCGAGCAUCUCCUCCUAUUCCGCACCGCGGUAGCCAACCCAAUCCGGGCGCCGCAGCUACACCUCCACGAUCAUGA